UCCCUGCUACGCCUACCUACGUUCUGCAGCUGCAGCUCGAGAAGAAUGCGUCCAAAUUUCACAACAAAAUUCCAAACUCCCCUCGCUAAACUAAUCCGCUAGACUAAUCACACGCCACGCCCUUCCUUUGCAUCUCUAAAUCAAGCGCGCACGAGAAUCAAACCAACUCCCUCCGCGAUUCCCCCCGCACUCCAUCCCACCGAGGCUUCCGCUCGCUCGAGAUCCAAAUCCGGCGGGGGCGUGGGGGAGGAGGGGGAUGCCCGAGGCCUCGGCGGCGGCGCUGCCGCUGCUCCCGUCGUCGCAGGCGGGAUCCCCGGCCACGUACGCGCCGCGGGGGAGGCGGCGGCGCAGGGGCUGGCGCCGGCCGCGGGGCCUGCUCGCGUGGGGCGCCCUGGUGGCCUUCUUCUUCGUCAUGAACUGGUGGAUGUUCUCCCGCCUCCAGGACCCCGCCGCGCGCCCGCACUUCCGCCUCCGCCGCCACCCGCCCCGCGCGCCUGCCGCCGCCAACGCGUCGUCGCUAUCCACUUUGGAAGAAGUGGGCGGUGCUGGAAAGGGCAAGAGACCUCAUCAGGUCAUGCUCACUCGCUUGCUUGCUUUGGCUGCCCAUGCAUUGGCUGAGGCAGAGACCAGGCCAGAACCCAAGGACUUGUGGAAAGAGCCCAUAAAUGCUACGAUGUGGCUACCUUGUUCUGACAAAAGGACUUGGGAAGCAUCAGAGGGAACCAAUGGUUACAUCAUGAUCAGUGCAAACGGUGGAAUAAACCAGCAAAGGGUAGCGAUCUGUAAUGCUGUUACAAUAUCUCGAUUGCUCAAUGCAACUCUUGUCAUCCCCAAAUUCUUGUACAGUAAUGUUUGGCUGGACAAAAGCCAGUUUGGCGAUAUAUAUCAGGAGGAUUAUUUUAUCAAUUAUUUGAAAUCUGAUAUUCGGAUUGUGAAGGAGCUUCCUGUGGAGCUGCAAUCACUUGACUUGGAGGCAAUCGGUAGCCUUGUUAAUGAUACUGAUGUCAUGAAAGAGGCAAAACCAAACUUAUAUGUAAAAAAGAUACUACCCAUUUUGCUGAAGAAUAGAGUUGUCCACUUUGUAGGAUUUGGUAAUCGUUUGUCUUUUGACCCAAUACCUUUUGACCUUCAGAGACUGCGUUGCAGAUGCAAUUUUCAUGCUCUUCGCUUCGUACACAAAAUACAGCAAACUGGUGCAUUACUUGUAGAGAGGUUGCAUGGUCAUAGACCCCAUCCAUCGCCUUUGGAGGAUAAUCUUUUGGGUCAUUUUACUAGAAAAUCUGUUCUCAAGGGGUACAAGAAUGAUCCAACGAAAUAUCUAGCUGUUCAUCUCAGGUUUGAGAUUGAUAUGGUUGCAUAUUCUCUGUGUUACUUUGGUGGUGGAAAAGAUGAGGAAGAGGAACUAGAGAUCUAUCGCCAAAUUCACUUUCCAGCCCUGACAGAACUAAGGAAGACAACAAAGUUGCCCUCUGCUGCUUCCUUGCGAUCUGAAGGCAAAUGCCCCCUUGCACCUGAAGAGGCUGUGCUUAUGCUAGCAGCUAUUGGUUUCAAGCGCAACACAAAUGUAUACAUUGCAGGUGCUGAAAUUUAUGGAGGUAGGCAUAGGAUGGCUGCCAUAAGCCGCCUAUACCCUGCUUUAGUAUCUAAAGAAACUCUUCUGUCUCCGGCGGAGCUUGAACCAUUCAGAAACUUCUCAUCCCAGUUAGCGGCCUUGGACUUUAUUGCAUGUGCAGCUGCCGAUGCCUUUGCUAUGACUGACCCAGGUAGCCAGUUCUCUUCCCUUGUCCAAGGAUAUCGCAUGUACUAUGGUGGUGGGGACCUUCCUACUGUUAGACCAAACAAGCGCCGGCUAGCCAGCAUACUUCUGAAGAAUGCCACUAUGGAGUGGAAUGAAUUUGAAAGUAGAGUAAGAAAACUCAUACAGCAAACUAAACAAGUUCAUGAGAGACCAGUUGCAAGGAGCAUAUUCAGACAUCCUCGAUGUCUUGAUUGUAUGUGCAGAACAGAGAACUGAGACGUUUAGGACUUUCUUGUUCCUAUAGCAAUUUUAGAAGGCAAUUUUGGUGCUUUGGCUGACAGGUUGGCUUACCCUUCUUUCCCCUAGCGUACCAUUGGAAUCAAAUCAGAAAGCGGGGUGAUUGAGCUCUCACUUCUAGGAGAAAAAAAAUUGCACUUUGUGAUGAUGGCUCUGGCAUUUGCUCAACUCCUGACCAGCAAUUUGUUUUCAAUUUCAAUUCCUGGCACUUAUCUCCUAUGUUAUGGUAUCAACAUCUGAAGUUUGCAUCCAAGCUGCAGUGCUGCCAUAUCUUUGCUACUGCUGACUUGUACAAUGCUGUUACUGUGGGAGUACACCAUCCACAUCUGAUCAAGAAAGAAUCAGUUUCAUUAUGCCGAGCAAGGUUAGCGGCGCCUUUCUAGUUUUGAAGGCUGUCUUAUUUGUAUUGUUAGGAUUUAUCAUUUGAUGACUCAGGCUGUGGGUUCUCAAAUCAUGUAUGUGGUUUUAUUCUCCAUUUAAUGAGUAAAGCGGCAAUUAGUUCUCUUCAUCUAUUCUUUAAUUGAUUGAGUAGUUUUGUAUUAUAUGAGCCGUACAUAGCAUUGUUGUAACUUGUAAAAUUAUACCAAUGGAGAAAGUUAUAAUCAACAGCAAGAGGAUCACUAAUUUCU